CAUUUAUAUAACUGCCAACUUUAUUCUUUCGUAUUUCGCUCCUUUUUUCACUCUUCCAACUUCCAACGCUACACUAAAACUUCUCUAUCCUUAUGGCUCUCCACACAACUUCUGGAAACACUGCUACGGCCCUUGGAGCAGCCCAUCGACGUGAAAUGGUACCCCCGUUAACGUUCCACUACACCGCAACCACAACGACGACGACAGCGACCGCAGCGGACGCGAUCGACUUCCUUACACAGUUUCCGUAUCACGGUGGCAACGGUUCUCUUCACUAUGACAACGAUGAGACAAAAGGACCAUCAGGGCCUGCUUGUCUUGGUGGCGACACACAGCAGGCAGAAAAGGAGGGUGAAUGGUUACCAAAUGGAUGGACGAUCGGCAGCCGACGACGGUCCCUGCUUGAACUUGAAACUAAUAUCCGCACGUUGGGGGAGUUGUACCGAACCCUUUCGGACAUUCGCAACCAGCUGCCGAGCCCAGUGGCUACGGCCAUGGAGCAGCAAGCAAAGACGACGAGCACCACUACAUGCUGUGAUACCAACGCAGUGGGAAGUGAGCCGAUGAUUCCGUAUGGUGGCGGUGCGGGUGAGGACACGCCGGCGAGCAUCAUCAGCAGUCCGGGGACCUUUCAGUACUUUGCACAGCAGCUGUGCCAGUAUCCACCCUCGGUGUUUGAUGACUUGGUCCGACUGCAUCUCAAAUGUACUUCCUAUUUGCGUAUCGACAAAACUCGGUUUUUAGAAUCUUAUUAUCAAGGGAAGAUCCACCCAGCGCUGAUCUGCGCCCUGUAUGCGUAUAGCGCCAUCCACGCCAUGAUCUGUCACCCCGAUAAGUUUGGCAUUUAUCCAUUCAUGGACCAGCUUGCACGCGAUUGCUACCGACUCGCACACGAACUUGUAGAAUUCGACUGCUGCAGUAAAACGACGAUCGAAACACUAGUCUUGAUGCAUCUUUAUUUGGUCGCCACAGGCGACACCCAAGACAACCACCGGAACUUGCUGUCUCUCGCAGAGAGACAUACCCACAUGCUACUGAGCCAGGAGAAAAAGAACAGCAGCGGACAACAGGAUUUGAGACGACUACGGGCGUGGAUGCUGCAGGCUGACCUAUUGUUUGCAAUGCGGACAUUGACAUCACCGGUGAUACAAUACACGAUUGAUGAACACGAUGAUAACGACGACAACGAUCGUGUACGACGCUGGCUUGGAUUGCAGCAGAGUAAUUCACAGAACAUAGACGAACGACUACAAGUGCAGGAGCUCGAGAUUGAAAUCGAAGGACUCUUGCGCAUCACUGGCGGUGGCUACCAGCAGGGCGGGUCUUCACUGGAUAGAUGGCGGGAAAAAGUCCGCAAAACAUUUCGGUACAAUCAGCUGAACUCGCUCGAGGAUCGCUGCGCGCUUCGCUUGCAUGCCAUCUAUUUUGCGGGAAAACUGCAGCGGCAUCAGUCGGAAAUGAUGCAGGCGUUCGCAAGGCAUCAUGGUGAGCGGAUUCGGGAUCGUGGAUGGACAGACUAUUUCCAUGAACCAACGUCGCCAUCCACAGCGGACCAGGUCGAGACGGCAUUGAUGGAGAGUAUGCGCGCAGGAUUUGGACUAGUCAAGGUUGUAUGGACAUUUUUUCAAGCAAACGAUCGUUGCAUGAUCAUCGAGCUGCUGGAUACGCUGUCUGCUGCUUUCUCGGUGCUAUAUUUUGGAAACAAGAUGGUACAGCAUGUACAGAUACCUUGCCGUGAUGGAAUGAUCGGAUUAGUAGAUGCAUUUGCACGCUCACCCUCCAUGAUGCAGUGUCUCGGCAUUCGGCAGUUUGUGGAAAAAUGGAGUCCUGCUUUAAACGAGGCAGUAUCCGUCAACGAAAAGUAGUUUAUUUUUUUUUUUGCCGCCUCUUUAUUUUGCUUUCUUUUAUAUCAACAACUAUUUCUAAUGUGUACAGUACGCAUAUAGUAAUCAUUAGAAAACUGUCAAUAAUAGUAUACCAGAACAUGGCACGCAGCAGUGCAGUACUUUAUCUUAAAUUCUUAUAUCUUG